UUGUAACAAUGUUUUAUUAUAGGCCUAGCCCAAGGUUUGACCUUCAAUUUGUCAGUUCAACUCUGUUACUGUCCCUCACUGUGACAUGAACAAGGCGGUGUUCUGUUUUCAUGGUGGAUUCUGGUUUUGGAGACAUGAGUCUCAUAUUUAUACCAAAUUACUAAGAAAUGGCGAGAAUGGCUACUAAAAACUGGUGGAGCCAUUCAAAGACCGUAGCUUUAAUCUGGUCUAUUUGCAUCAUCACCUCCUUCUCUUUGAUCCGGCUUGCUGUCAACAAUUCAUCUUCCCACAAUUACCCUUCUUCUACUUCAGAUAUGGAAAAAAGAUCAGAGCUUUAUGAUAAAAUGGCGAGGGAUUUGGAUGAGAAAGGCCCAACAUUUCUUAAACAGGGUGAAACAUCUCAGUCAUUGUCUCUUUCAGAUAUUUUUACCCUGCAAAAUGGGUCGGUAACACCCGUGCUUAAGGCAGCAAAUCCUCCUGUUCGGGCUAAUGUGUUGUAUUUAAGCCCUAAAUACUCGAUGCCUAUUUCGGAGACUGUAAAACGUAUAUUUAGCCCACACUUUGAUAAAGCAAUUUGGUUUCAGAACUCCAGUGUAUACCAUUUUAGCAUGUUUCAUGCCUCGCAUCAUAUUGUGCCUGUGCCUGCAACUGAAGAAGAGAUUGAAGCUGAAGCAACUGCUGUUGGAGCUGUUGCAGAGGGGCUCUGUCCGUUAAAAAUUGCAUUGGAUAGAGUGGUAUUGACUUCAACCGGUGUGCUUCUUGGGUGUUGGCAGGUGCUUUCUGGGCCAGAUCCUGUAGCCAUUCGUGCUAAGUUAAAAAUUGCACUCCCGCACGCCCCAGAAAAGCAACUCUAUGAUGCUGCUAUUCUACACACGUCAUUCGCAAGGCUUCUGGGUCGCCCCAAAGAUUCACCCAUGGAGCCUUCAGAAGAACUCCGAUUUUUCCAUGAGCUAGUCGAGCGUUUAAACGAUCAAAUUCGUGGAUCCAAGGCAAUAGUUUCGGAACUGUGGUACGUGGAGGAAUACGAUGUGUUAGCACUUGCAUUGGACGGAAGAAUGAAGGUUCGAAGGUUUCAACUGGGUUGCAAACCAACCUGAUCAGAUUCAAAUAGUUUGAGUUCAUGUCUCCUACUUUCUUGCAUAUUAGUAUUACAUUAUAAAAGUAAACGUCAAGCGUAUGAUUAGGUUGUUGGGAGUACAUUGAAUCAUAGAUGAUCAUUACACGUUGAUUGAAAAUGUUGUAGUAAUUUUGUUGGAGAGAAUAAUAGGCAUGGCGCUUGUGGCACAGGCUAUGUCGUGUCAUCAAGUCAACUAUUUCUCAAUGUUUGCCUCUUCAUUUUA